AUGUCGGAAAACAGGAGCACACCUUGCGCAAACGAUUGCCAUUCCGCUACUGAUGCCCAUGUCUUUAUGAACAUUACUUAUGCAAAAGCCUCCAAUAGCGAUUAUGAACUUUCAACGAUGCCGACAAUGCAAGAGUGCGACGGAAUAUGUGGUGACAUUUACUUAGUUGAUCAAUUAACUAAAUUUCCUUGUCUACAUGUCUUGUGUGGAAUGUGCCUUAAUGAAUGUUCACUUGUAGAAUGUGACGGUAAAUUCUUGUGUCCAAUGAGAGAGUGUAAGUAUCUGAGCUCCUCUGGAUUAUGCCUGCAUCAAUCUACUGUAACACUUCCGGAUACGAAUAACGAUGAAAAAGGAAACAAUUCUGCUGAGUCAUUUUCUGAUUCUAAUGCUUCCUCUACAGCACCAGUAGCCAAAUCAAUACCUCAAAAUUCUCGGAAUCACAAUCAGAUGAAGAGAUGA